CGACUAUUAUUAUUAUGCCAUAAGAUCGGUUCCUGACUCGGAGGAAGAAGGUGGUAGAUUGUCAUCGUCGCCAUCCGAGCUCUUGCAACUGUCUCGAACGCUGUCGAAGAGUAAGACACGAAGCGUGGUACCGAUGACAUACUUGGCUUGCAAAGAAGCCGUGUCGCCACCACCGAUCCGGAAGAAACGAUCGAUUCUGGCGAAUAGCUUCUUUGCACAUUAUCUAUAA